AUGGUUGUCAAGUGGUUCUUUUCCGUUGAAAAGGGCGUCGUGCUAGGAAUGCAAUAUCCCGGUCCAAAUUGUGCACCAUCGCUGCUUAUUGGUUUAAUCAACAUGUUUAUGUUGAAAGAAAGGCCAGUGGGCCAUUUGAUGGAGCACAACACCAGUGGCAUCCGUGCUUUACAGGAUGAUUCGGAACAUUUGAUCGCUAUUGAUCGUUAUCUACGUGAACACUCAUUGAGUGAUGCUUUCGUGCACCAAGCUAUUCAUGCGAUCGAAUUUGUUCUUGGUUGUGUGUCACACACAGCAUCAUAUCUUCGAUUAUAG